CUUGUUUAGCAACACUGACAAUAUUGUGGGAACCUUUUCACUUACUUCGGGGUUUACCGGAAAUUUUGAAUCCCUAAAAUACGGAAGUAGUAACCUCAUCAGCAUAGUAUUGUAUCCGUUUUAACAUUUAAACUAGUUUUCUGUUGGCACAUAAUGUUUCAAACAGCCUAUACAAAAAAUGAGCUUGAGCUUUGAAUUAUGUAAAAUUGUAGCAUGUCAGAACAUACAAUCAAGUUUUUUUAGUGUGUGCUAAACAUACAUAAUCAUGUCAACACCUUUUUAUCAUUGAUCUAAUUCUUCUUAUACAAUUAAGUUAAUUUAAUUUAAUAGUCCCAAUCAUAUAAGACUACUAUGAACAUAAGCAAAAUAUCAAAAUAUUAUUAAAUGGUAGAUAUUUUAAAAGGAAAACAAACAUUGGUUAAAUUAGUGUCUAUGAAAGAUCACAAUGGUUAACAAUAUAUUUAUAUUAUACCCGCAUAUAAAACUCGUUUAUGUAUGCCUGAUUAUUAUAUCAAGAGAUACACUAUGUUUUAAUUUUUUGUUCUUUUUGAACAUUAUACUAUGUUUUAUAUGUUUCUCGAAAACUUUUGAUAAUAAAUAUAUGCAACAGUCAUUUUAAUAUAGUUUUAGGGCUUAGUCCGAGGCUUUACUACUUAUAAAACUCAAACUCUUGAGACAAUCACUAGUCAACAACACAUAUCUCAGUUUUCUGUGGUAUGGAUCAGUUUUUAUUUUCUUCCAUUGCUCGAAUAAAUGAAAUGAUUAAAUUGAUCUUUACAAUACCAUUAAACUCUUCAAUGGAUUGAUAUAAUAAAAACAAACAGACAGAAAGAAUAGAGGACGUAAGCCCAUCUAAAGAAACUUGGACCCCCUUCAUAGGGGUUUUCAGGGAAAGGCCCAAAUUAUAGAUUUGAGUAGAGCAGUCCAUAGUGACAGUGACUCCGACAUGACAACUCUUGUCACACUUCAGUUACAAACAAGACCACGUCUCUUACUCUAACCAAGCCUAUAUGCCGUACGUCAAAAGGCACCAACUCUUUGUAGAAGCUGGACCAAAACUUAGUAAAAACAUAGGUUUUUUUUUUGUAAUAACUAUUUUUUUAACUGAACUUUUUACCGAAACUGAAUGAAUAAAUAUUUUUAUAUUAUUUGGAAAUCAGUGAAAAAAUACAUUAAUAGUAUUUUGCCAUCUUGGUAUUGUCCAGUGUACAUGUCUACUGAAUUAUUGACUUGGCUCUUCUCUUGCUUUUUUUUUCUUUCUUUAACACUUUGCUUUUGCUUCAUGUACUGUCUUUACUUGACUUUUCCUUGUGUUUGGUACGAAACUCAGCUUCUCUCCUUCUUCUUCCCCAAUCUUUGCGUGUGGUCUAUCUUCCUCUAAUCUCUUCGUCUAAAUUCUCACUCUAUUAGCAUGAUGAUUGUCAAAAGAUCGUCAGAUUAUACCACAUGAUCAUGCUCUUCCUGAGAACUAACUGAUCAAUCAAAGCUUGUUUUGUGGUGUGAACCAAAACUCUUUAGUCUUGUUCACUUCUCAGUUCUAAACUCAUGGGGAUCUGUAAUGGUAAACCCAUUGAACAGCGAUCAAGACAGAGCCGCCGCCAAGUUUCCGCAGAAACUGAUGAAGCCAACGAGGUGGGUCUGAACAAGAGCUUCGGGUUCUCGAGACAUUUCUCCACACACUACAAGAUAGAUGGCCAGGUGGGUCGUGGAGACUUGGGGUACACUUGCUCUGCCAAGGGUAAAAAAGGCAGCCUGAAGGGUCAAGAAGUUGCUGUUAAAGUCAUUCAUAAAGCCAAGUUGACGAAUGCACUUAUGGUCGAGGAUGUUAGUAGAGAAGUUAAGAUAAUGAGGGCUUUGACUGGUCACAAGAACUUAGUCCAGUUCUAUGACGCGUUUGAAGAUGAUGAAAACGUUUAUAUUGUCAUGGAAUUAUGUAAAGGUGGUAAUCUCUUUGAGAAAAUAAUUGAAAGGGGUUGCAAAUACGCAGAAGAUGAUGCUAAACAUGUAAUGGUUCAGAUUCUUAGUGUUGUAGCUUACUGUCAUCUACAAGGUGUGGUUCACCGUGACCUCAAACCAGAGCACUUCCUGUUCAGUACUAAGGACGAGACUUCUCCUCUAAAAGCAGUUGGCGUUGGUUUCUCUGCUUAUGUCAAGCCAGACGAGAGGUUGAGUGAUAUUGUAGGGAGUUCUUUACACGUAGCUCCUGAAGUCUUGCACCGUGCAUACGGGACAGAGUCUGACAUGUGGAUGGUUGGAGUGAUGACUUACGUCCUUCUUUCUGGCAGUAGACCCUUUUGGGCCCCUACUGAGUACGAACUCUUUCGAGCUGUUCUUAAGACAGAACCUAGUUUUGAAGAAGCUCCUUGGCCUUCACUGUCACCUGAUGUUGUAGAUUUUGUGAAAAGAUUGCUACACAAAGACUACCGUAAGAGAUUAACUGCGGCUCAGGCUUUGUGUCAUCCAUGGCUGGUAGGCUCUCAUGAAAUGAAGAUACCAUGUGAUAUGAUCAUAUACAAGCUUGUGAAAGUGUACAUAAUGUCAACUUCACUGAGAAAGUCAGCUUUAGCGGCUCUUGCCAAGACAUUAACUAUACAGCAGCUAGCUUAUCUGAGGGAGCAGUUUACAUUGUUGGAGCCAAGCAAGGAUGGAUAUAUCUCCAUGCAGAAUUUUAAAACAGCAAUCUUAAAGAGCUCAACUAAUGCUAUGAAGGAUUCAGGAGUCUUAGAUUAUGUUCACAUGAUAAGCUGUCUUCAAUACAAGAAGCUAGACUUUGAAGAGUUCUGUGCAUCAGCAUUAAGCGUUUAUCAGAUGGAAGCAAUGGAAACAUGGGAGGAACACUCAGGGCGUGCUUACGAGUUGUUUGAGAAAGAUGGGAAUAGACCCAUCAUGAUUGAGGAACUUGCAUCGGAACUCAGACUCGGGCCAUCAUCAGUCCCUAUGCAUGCUGUACUUCAGGAUUGGAUAAGACAAUCAGAUGGAAAGCUUAGUUUCUUGGGUUUUGUCAGACUACUACACGGCGCGUCUUCUCAGACAUUACAGAAAGCUUAGGAGGAGCUUUGUUAUAGUUGUUAGAGCUAUCUUAGGUGGCUCACGCUUUGCGUGUGUGUGUUUGUGCAUAAGUAUUAACUCUUUAUUUUACAAGUAUUGAGCAAUACUAAACAGGAGAAAGAUGGUCAUUAAAAAAAAAGUUACAAAGAAAUACAAAAACAAACCUUUCACUAA